CUCUGGAAUGCCCCGCAUCGACCAACUAACCGAACAUUGAAAGGUGCCUACCUAGGUACCUACCUACCCUCUUGACUAACGUUGAAGCAGAAACAGAAACAAGAAUAUUUUUUGUCGUAAGAGAUUUCUUACAUCUACUGUAUAUUCCAAAUGUACUUCCACAUACCUAAAUCUAUUUUCAACAGUGUGACAUAGGUAAUGAAUUUCACCGCCGCCGCCGCCAACGACGACGACCACCUGAAGCGGUGCUGGAGGAUCCAGCACUGCAAGGGCUGUCUCGGGCAGCAGUCUGAUUGCAGUUGGUGUCCAUUUUCAUGGACCUGCGUCCCCAACCGCCACAAAGUGCCCUUCCUCGCGCCAGCAUGGGACGACAAUGCGUGUCCGCACUGGGCGGAGCGCUGGGAGAUGCGCACGCGGCCGCUUGGGUGUCAGGUAUCGACGAUUACGACGCUGACAUCGCUCGUAUCGAUAUUGUCUACACUUGUCCUCGUGUUGCUUGUUACGAUUGUGGUGUUUGGAAUCAACAAGCUAAAGAGGUAUGUAUAGCAGGGACAAGAACAAUGCUGGAUGGUGGAGGAUAUGGAGGUAUGACGGGCGGCAGCGACAAAGGGAUCACACGAGGAUGAGAGAAGAGAAUAAUGAUAGUGCUCAAGAACGAAACAGCGAGCGCGAGCCUUUACUACCAUCUUAGGGUACUACAGAAGCCGGCAAUUCAGUCAUAGC